CUCUUCCACUCGCACUCCGAUCAGAAUCUCCAUUCUCCACAUAUCCCACCAUCUUUCUUCUCCCCUUACACAUUUUCUCUCUUUCCUUCGCUGUAUUUAUACGUAAUAUCAUCAACAUCUUCACGUAUAUAUAUUUAUAUGUUUCACCCACCUUCAUCACUUUCUUUUUCUUCUUUUUCUUCUUUUUCUUCCAUUUUUCCUCCUAACUUUUGAUCCAAAUAUUCAAACGAAGAUCUGGGUUAUCUCCAGAAGACGAAGAUCCAUAAUGGGUUCGCUUCCUUCUGAGCUCAGUUUGGAUUUUAGACCCACUUUUGUGCCUAAAACGAUCACAGAUUUCUUCAAGGAGGUUUCGAUGAUCGGGAAUGUGUCCGAUAGGGUCUCUAAGCUUAACGAUUUCAUCAAAAGUUUGGAGGAUGAAAUGAGGAAGAUCGAUGCCUUUAAACGAGAGCUUCCUCUCUGUAUGAUUCUCUUACAAGAUGCCAUUUUAGCUGUAAAGGAUGAGAAAAUGCAAUGUGCAGUUCUUAAAACCAAACCGGUUUUGGAAGAGUUCAUACCUCUAAAGAAAGAACAAGAAGAAGAUGACGAUGAUGAUUCCAAGAAAGGAAACGACUGUAGGGAUCAAAAGAAUUGGAUGAGCUCUGUUCAACUUUGGAACUCUGAUGAUAACCACCACUCUAAUUACAAAUUGGAAACUAAGAGAAAUGAGAAAGGAGGUCCUGUAGUGACUCAGGUUUCAUUGCAAUCUUGUAGAACUAAGAAUGGAGAGAGGAUGCAUGUGCCCUUUAAGCCAUCUUAUCCCAUGUUUCCUUCAGCUAUGGUUGUGACGAAGGAGGAUAAGGAGGAGUUUCCUAUUCAUGGGCUUUCUCUUUGCACUCCUGGAAUAAAAAAUCCAAUGGAGGAAUCAGCUUCAACUGGUUCGAGAUCAAGCGGGACUAGAGCUGUCUCGUCUUCCACUCUCACUGCUUCGGUGAAUUUACGAACCGGAAUGCAGCAACAGAAACAGCAGUGCUCUCGCAAGCAGAGGAGGUGCUGGUCGAAGGAGUUGCAUCGCCGUUUCGUUAGUGCCUUGCAGCAACUUGGGGGCUCGCAGGUGGCCACGCCGAAGCAGAUUAGAGAACUUAUGCAGGUAGAUGGCCUCACCAACGACGAAGUGAAGAGCCAUCUGCAGAAAUUCCGACUCCAUGCAAGAAGACUUCCAGCAUCUGCAGUCCCCCCUGCAAACCAAUCAUCUGUAGUCGUUCUUGGAGGACUAUUGGUACCACAAGAUGCAUACGCCGAUUCAUCAAAGGCUUGUAGUUCUCAAUCUGGCUCACCACAAGGUCCCCUUCAGUUAGCUGGGACCGGAGGCGAUAGCAUGGAGGAGGAGGACGAUGUAAAAUCAGAGAGUUAUUGCUGGAAAAGCAGAAUUCAAAAACCAGGAAAUGAAGAUGUAUAAGAUGUUUUUCCCACCAUGAAUUUUGAAAAUAAGAAAAUAUAUACAUGGGAGGUAGAGAAUUCAGGAAAGAAGUAAAAAGAAAAAAAAAUAUAUAAUAUAAUAUAUAUAUAUACGUAUAAGGUACAUAAGAAAAGGUGAAGGAUCUUGAGAGGAUAGCAAGAGGGUUGGUUUGAAAUUUUGCAGUUUUAGUGUCCCUUCCCCCUUUGAGUUUAGAGUGCUACUGUUUAUCAUCACUAUUAAAAAUGGGACCAAAAUGUUUGUAGGAAAGCCAUGUUUAUGUGAAAAAUAUCAAGUGCAUCUAAAAGAGAAAAAAAAAGGAAAGAGAAAAAAAAUGAUGAUUAUAUAUUUACCAGCAA